AUGCGGUUCUUCAAUCUUGUUCUUGUUACCGUUGCCGCCCUCACGGUUCCAACGUACGCUUGCAAGUGUAUCGUGAACGGCGAGCAGGAUACACCGAGAACUCAAAGCUGUUGCGAUGCAUUGGGUGGAACCUUCCAGGAUGGCAACGAUUGCCAGGCUGAUUCGAUCUCGGAUGGCCUGUCAAUCUUUGACAACUGCUGUGGUGGUGUCUCCACUACAUCCGGCUCGGACUGUGACUGCCCCGACUGUUAA